GUGGGAUUUAACAACAUUUGUUAUGGAAGAUGUCAUUCGUGAGAGCAGCAAUGAUAUCUGCGUCAAAGUCUAAAGUAUUGAGCCUUGCUAGGGCAUCUUCUCUUCUGAACAACAUCAACGUGAGCCCACAGCUACAUCGACUUCUCCAAAAACCCCAGCCAGCCCUUUACACAGCGGGGCCUCAGCGCUUUAGCAGCGGCUUGUCCCAGGAGAAACCAGCUGUGUCAGAGCCAUCUGAAGAUAAAGUACAACUCACUGAGUCAUGUGUCAAGAGACUAGGGGAAAUCAUGGAGAAGGGCGAGUAUCUGAGGAUACACGUGGAGGGAGGAGGCUGCUCCGGCUUCCAGUACAAGUUUUCUGUUGACAGCAACAGGAACGAGGAUGACAGAGUGUUUGAGCAGGGAGGAGUGGGCGUUAUUGUGGAUCAGGACAGCUUGGAGUUUGUGAAAGGAGCCACUGUGGACUUCAGCCAGGAGCUGAUCCGCGCCACCUUCCUCGUGCUCAAGAACCCUCAAGCCGAUCAUGGCUGCUCCUGCGGCAGCUCCUUUUCUGUCAAGUUAUGACCCUGUUUCCCUUCAUCAAUACUAUUCAAUAACCUUAUCAGUUUGUUAGAUACACUUUUACAAAAUGCAACAAAGCAUUAUAGACACUUCACAAUAUACUCCAUUCUAACUACUGGUUUUGUAGAUGUGAGACUACUUGAACUGAAUGAAAGGCAGAGAUAUCGAUUAAGCAUUGUUUUAUCAGCAUAUAAUGACAGUAAAUGCUCGUUGACAGCUGAGUUCACAGUAUUGACCUGUAAUUCGCAUGUAUUCAAACCAGACAAAGGCUCACUUGAGGUGUUUUGAGUAUGCAGUGCUGAGAUUUACCUUUGUGUGUAAAAUAUGUAAAUAGGCCAAAUCUAUGAUUGCAGAGAGCUAAAAUAUAUUUGUUUCAUCCAAAAUAAAUUAAAUGAAUUUCAAAUA